AGCUCAUAAGCUAAAAAAGACAACCCAUUUCUCCACUCUUUUGACAAAAACAUAACACCAAACAUUUAAACACUUCAAAAACACAAAUCUCACAACCCAACAAAAGAAAAAGGGAGAGAAAAUGUCUCUGUUUCUUCUCCUUCUUCUUCUACUCCAAUUCAUAACUCCAUCUUCGCAAUCCUCAAUCAGAAACCUCCUCGAAGCUCGUGGUUUACCAGGUGGUUUGUUUCCAGACAACGUAGAAAGUUACAGUCUUGACGAGAAGACAGGGGAGCUUCAAGUUAAGUUACAGAAUCCUUGUUUUGCUCGGUUUGAAAACAGAGUGUACUUUGAUAGUGUGAUUAAAGCAAAUCUAAGCUAUGGUGGGCUUGUUGGGCUUGAAGGUUUGACACAAGAAGAGCUUUUUCUUUGGUUACCAGUCAAAGGCAUUGCAGUUAAUGAUCCUUCUUCUGGACUUGUUCUUUUCGAUAUCGGUGUUGCUCAUAAACAAAUAUCCCGCUCUCUCUUUGAAGAUCCUCCCGUUUGUUAUCCUCCUGGAUCUAUAAUGGAGAAGAUAGAGAAGAUGAAGAUGGAUAUUCAGCUCCAGAGAUAAAAAGAAACAAAAUGAGUUCUUUUGGGGG